UAUGUCUAUAUAUAUAUAUAUAUAUAUAUAUGUGUGUGUGUUUCUCUCCAUUUAUAUCUCUACCUUAGUAAGUUAUAAACAUCUUCUUCAGUUUAAUUUCACAGGUUUCGAGUAUGAGUUCUUUAAAUUCCCAUGACCGUGUUCCCAGGAAAGAACUGAUGAUGAACGGUAUUCGUCCAUCUCCAUUGAAGAUCAACAAAGGCUCUCAUGUCAUUCAAAAGCCAUCUUCUUCAUCAGCUCUUCAUCACCCAAAGCAACAACAACAACAGCGACAGGGUCCGCUCAUCAUUUACACCCAUUCCCCCAAGAUUAUCCACACGCAGGCUCGGGAUUUCAUGGCCUUGGUUCAAAAGCUUACAGGGCUUUCCAGAUCCGACGGUGAAGUUGUUAAGCAAACUGCAGCUCCCCCACCAUCGCGACCGUCACACAAGAACAAGAUUAUUACCAGACAGGAAGAUAACGAAACCUCUUCUGCAAUUACAGAUGAUGUCUGCUCGUCUUACGUUGCUACGACUGUGAGUCCUAUAAGUCAGUUUCUGGUUGAUAUGCCUCUCUUUACACCGAGUUCCACAGAUUUCUUUUGCUCAACGAGGCCGCCUGCUCAAAAGUUUGCUGAUGUGGGAACUUUGAACUCACCAAAUUUGCUUGAAUUCAUGAAAGGGCUCCCAGAUUACUGAACAAAGGAAGGGUUUUUUUUCUUUUUUUUCUUUUUUCUUUAUCAAAUGAUGAUAAAUUGUUUCAUGUUCAUAGUUGUUGGUUAAUUCUCUGUUAAUUUGUGAUUAAACAUCACCUGGAUUUAAUUCAUUCAUUUAAACGUCCGAA